AUGAUGGGCUGCUUCACUGGCCUGAGGUCCAAGAAGAAGAAGAGCCCUCUUGUCGCAAGCAAGAAGCAUGGCGAUGCAAGGGACACAUCCCUGAGGCUCCCGGAGCCGGAAGCUCAUGUGCCAUCUCUGCAGUCGGCGCCUCCUAGUUUCAGGAACAGGGCAAAGAUCUGCCAAUCGGCCAAUAAAGUCUCUUACAGCAGGGCACGUGUGCUGUCUGCUCCCUCCAGCCUGAUCCUGGUUGAUCAGGAUGGCCUUCCGUAUGCCGAAUUCGAUGAUCAGGAUGACCCUAGGGGCAAGGGAGGAGCUAUUAAGGCGCAUCGGUUUUCAAAUCCGCUGCCCCUUCCUCUUCCCUCACCAGAAGGCAGUUCUUUGAGGAACUUUGGUAGCUUCAAGGCUAUCAAUGCAAGUGGGCCACUUGAGGUUUCAGGUCCUCUCCCACUGCCUCCGAAGAGGUCCGAUGGGCUUAAGAACUUCUCGUAUGAUGAGAUUUCCACUGCUUGCCAGUGGUUUUCUAGUGAUCAGUGUGUCUCGGAAACUCAGACUUUGACGUCAUAUAAGGCAUCGUUCAGGGAUGAUUUUGUUGAACCAAAGAAGAUGGACGCAAUAGUUGCCCGAUUACUCCCGUCCAACCAGAGUUUCAAAGAAUUUAAGGCACAAGUAAAUACGUUGGCAUCACUUCAACAUCCCAAUUUAUGUAAACUCAUCGGCUAUCAUGCAAGAGAUGAAUCUAAUGAAAGGAUGUUGGUUUAUGAGCGGCUCCAUCAUGGCAGUUUAGACAGGUUACUCUUUGGAAGACCGGAAGGUCGUUUGAUGGACUGGUCUACACGUUUGAAGGUUGCCCUUGGUGCUGCUAAAGGUCUAGCUUUCCUACACGAUGAAGGACCCUUUCAGGCAAUGUAUGAUGACUUCUCAACCUCAAACAUCCAAAUAGAGAAAGAUUUCACGGCAAAGCUGUCGGGAUAUGGUUGUGUUGGCUUCAAUUCUGAGGAGGAAAGAUCUAAGGCAUCUGUGGUAAGUAAAAAAGAUGGAAAUAAUAUUAAUACAUCGCAUUAUGUUCAUUUACUUGUCAACAUCCCAAUGCUUACGGGAGAUGUUAUUCUUGGGCAGACUGCUACAAACCUCUCAGAGGAAACCUUGGAGAAAGGGGUACUGACUCCCAAGAGCAACGUAUGGAGCUUUGGAGUCGUCUUGCUCGAGCUAAUAACAGGAAGGAAGAACCUUGAUGUACGUUCCACCAAAGAAGAACGCAAUAUUGUCAAGUGGGGCAGGCCUUUCCUCACGGACGAUAGUCGCCUAUCCCUCAUCAUGGAUCCCCGUAUAAAAGGACGCUUUCCUCCCAAGGCUGCUAGGACUGUGGCAGACAUCAUCCUGAAGUGCCUUCAUAGGGAUCCAUCCGAAAGGCCUACGAUGAGGGCCGUCGUGGAGUCUCUAGCAAGCGUCCAGGACAUAAAGGUCCCCUGCCGGUAUCCUCUUCAAGUACCGUCCGCCGCACCGAGGAAAGUGAUGCUAAAAUCCACGAGUCUCAACGGCAUUGUUCCUCAGCAUCCUGUCAUGACCUUCUCGCCGUCGCCUCCUUCGCGCAACCAGCACCUGGUGUCACCGAGAUCAUCGACGUCUGCGCUGCUUCCCCCAAGGAACUGCUCUUCCACCAUCACCCUGGACUACCCCAGGGUAAGCUCGGUCAAGAAAUCGCCCCCCAACAUCAUGCGGAGACCUGGCGUCGAGGGUUUUUGA